UUCUAAAGCCACCUCUUGCUAUCUUCCCUUACACAGGUAAUGCUGACUUUAGGUGGCAGGAGCAUGAAAGGAUUCAUCUGGGCUGUAGCCCCUGCCCUGACCUCCCUGGGCUACCUGCUCAUACUGCUGGUCUCCAUCUUUCCCUUCUGGGUGCGGCUUAUAAACGAGGAGGCCCAUGAAGAGUAUUUCAGCGGUCUGUUUGAGAACUGCUUCCAUAUCAAAUGCUGGAAGCCUCGACCCUUAUCCAUUUACAUCCUGCUUGGCCGGCUCUUCCUGCUUUCUGCAGUCGUCUUGUCUUUCCUCACAACCUUCAUCAUGGUGUCCUUUGCAUCUCAGCUCUUUCCAAAGAUCCGGAAGCACAAUUUUGUGUCAGCCUCCAUCAGCUUCCUCACAGGGGCCUGUGCUUUCCUGGCCUUGUUGCUGCAUGCCCUGGAAAUCCGAGAGCUGCGGAUGAAGCCCAGCCCCCCACGGUUCUCUGUGCAGUGGCCUUACUAUGUCCUGGGCCUUGGCAUCUUUCUGUUCAUAGUGGCUGGUAUAAUUUGCCUCUUUGAAGAAGCAACCUGCCUUAGCCGCCAUUUGUUGCCCAUUUCCCAGAAUACUGAGGAGACCCAAGGAAUCCCACGCAUGGAGAAACUGGAAAGUUUUGGAGGAGAACUGAGCUCAGUACAAAAGGAGACACUGCUGAAGGAAGAAACAGUUAUCUAGCCCAAGAUAUACUGCCUGUUUACCCUUCUCCAAGUUCUGUGAGCACACAUGUGUAUAUUCAUCUAGCUCCUCAUUCUUCUCUAGUCUCUGCUACCUUUAAUGAGCUUCUACAGUGCCAAGUCAACCCUCCACUCCCUCAUACUUACAGUGCUUCUGUCUUGCUCAUAUUUGAAAUGUGUUAAAAUUUCUUUGAACUCUUCUGAGCUUUCUCGGUGAAUUUUUUUGCAGUUGUUUUCAAUAAAAGAAGGGCUUCUCUGUUACAUCCAUACCUCAAAAAGCCAGCCUGAGGAGAGGGAGGAAUAUUCUGAGAUGAUCAGGUGAAGUGGGCCUUUUUAAAACAAAAACUGAACAGGAUAUAACCACCACAGAAGGUUUUUGAAUUAGUGAAAUUAAAAAAAAAAAAAGUAGUAUCUCCAGACAAAAUUGUGAUUCAGUGCAGAAAUCUUUUGGUAAGUAUGUAUUGCAGGGAAGUACUGGUAGUGGUUAAAGGUGAAAAACUCCCAAAAUUGAGGUCCUAGGUCUGGAAGGCUGAGCCCGGUGAGUCUAUGCCUCUGAGGAAAGCAUAGGCAAGUUAGCCAAUCAGCAUAUGGCAUUUCUUUUUUACAUCAGGGAAAGGGGCCUCUUAGAGUGUACCUCUAAAAUGCUCC